AAUCCUUACUUGAAACGAAAACAACUCACUGACUCGCAGGCCUAGAUAGAGAAUGACUUCAAUUACACCGUACUGGAUUUUCUCUUUUUCCGUCAAACGACUUUCAAAAUUGUUACCUAUUAUAACAAUUAAACAAGAAAAUAGCAGAUUAUAUUCGUCAAAGUAUAAAGUGCAGGUGGGUGAUGAGCUUCCCAAUGUAAAUUUGUAUGAGAAGUCUCCCAACAACCCAAUAUCUGCAGUUGAUUUGUAUAAAGGAAAGAAAGGUGUAUUGUUUGCUGUAGUUGGGGCCUUCACUCCUGGUUGUACUAAUUCACAUAUUCCUGAUUAUCUUUCCCUGCAUGAAAAGUUUCAGGAAGAAGGAUACAUGAUUUCAUGUGUUUCUGUCAAUGAUCCGUUUGUAAUGGAGGCUUGGGGAAAAAGCACCAACGCUUUGGGAAAAAUUAGAAUGUUAGCUGACCCCCGUGGUGAGUUCACUAAAGCACUUGGCAUGGAGAUAGACUGCAAACAGUUGCUUGGUGGAAUAAGAUCACAAAAAUAUUCAUUAGUAAUUGAUGAUGGUAAGAUACAGAGCAUCAAUGUCGACCCAGAACAUACUGGCCUGGCCUGCCUGUUGUGUAUAAAGAAUAUGAAGGCUGACGAUGUACCUGUGGCUAUGAGUACAGAGGGGAAAUGGAAAAGAUAAUGAGGCCACCCUGUUUCCUGUGUUGUAUUUUGUAUUUGUUGUUGAUAAAGUCAUUUGAUUGCAUGUGUAGAUUUUGUUCCAACUCCCGUUAUAUUGGGAUUCCAUCUGGUGAUGGUUUCCGACUUUGACAAAAUCUCGAUGAAAAUUUUGUGAUAAUUUUUUUUUUUUUUAAACUGACUUAUCAUUUUACAGUGACUUCAAGUUAGUUGUGUUAUCAGCAUUAAAGAGACAGGUUAAAAAAUAUUUAGACUUUUGAUUAUUUAAAAUAAUUUUUUUACAAGUCCAUUCAAUAACAGUUGUAUUGGUAAACUGGCCUCAACUUGUCAGUUUUUCUGAGUCAGCUAAAGUAUUUUAAAAUUUCCAAGUCAGCUACAAGAAAUUGUCUUAUCUCAUGGCGUGUGUAAUGCUAGUUAGUACUCUAAAUAUAAUUUUAAAGUAUAUAUUUGUGCACACAGUUGAAUCAAAAGUCUCUAAGUCAACUAAGCUUCUAAACUGCAAUAAAUAAAAUUAAAUUUUGUUUAAUUAGCUGGUGGUAUUUUAUAAUGUAAAUGAUGCUGACAUGGAUGGAUCAAAAUAUUUGGGGUACUUAUUGUUUUUUCUUUAAUUAAUUAUUGCAUGUAGUUUAUUGAAUACAGGUGACUUGUUUUGAUUUAUUUCUUUUGUGGACCCUGGGGAGAAAAGGUCUGUAGCCACACCUCCACACUGGACUUGGUUUUGGGCAGCUCUCUUUAUUAGCUCCCUUGUAAGCCUGGCAGCCCUUGCCUCUUUUUCUACUCCAGGAUUUCCUUGUCCUGCAUACUUUCCUUUUCCUUGCAAUAUUAUCCUUAUUCCUCGGUAGAUUCACACUUAAUGUCACUAAAAGGUAUGAAUCAGCUACCUAAUUUGUCAUGUGUUGUCCAAGCUGAAGUAAUAUUUUACCAUCACUGAAAAGUGAACCGUUAUAACGCAAUUCAUUACUUUACUUUCUGAGUCAGUUAUUUUUUUUUCUUUCAGUCUAAUUUAGAAUAGAUGUACUGGUUUUUCAAUUAAUACAUAUACAAGUAAGAUUAGCAUCAAUGGUUGCAACUAUUUUUUUACUGUUUUCUUAGCAUUUUACUAGUUAUUUAUUUUAACUAAAUUUAUUAAACCAAAUUUUUGUUUGUUUGUGCAAUUAGAUGUAAUAUUUCUUUUUGUUAUAACAAUUAGAAAAUGAGUUAUGUUUAUUAUUUAUGUCUGUGUGUUGUCGAAUAUAUGGAGAGAGUGUGUAGAUAUUUUUUUACACUUUAAAAGUAAUGUAAAAGUGUAAUACAUAGGUGACUAGAGUUUUUUCAUUAGUAAGUUUUAGAUAUUUAUUUUUAAGUAUAUUUUUUCCUCCUGUAGCAAGUACUUUACUUUUUAUGUCUGAUAUAUGAAGGCCCUUAAAAAUUACCUUUUAUGUGAAAUUAUGUAAUUUAGAAAUUGAAUAAUCAGAUAUUACUUUUUGCAUAAUCAGUUUUUUUCUUUUUAAUUAAAAUGAAUCUCAUG